UUAUACCUGAGUACUUGUUGGUUGCAUGUAAUGAUUUGUUCUGUAAUCGUGGUCAACCUUUUGAAAUUGGGGCUAAUUUUGGUUGCAUGUCCUGACAUUGUUAAUUUUGUUGUUGAUAUCAUUUUAAUUAGAACGUGAAACCUGGGUAUGUGGGCAUGUGGUUGUUCUUGUUUUGUUAGUUGCAUGUACUGAAAAUUGUGGUUGCAAAAGUGCCCCUGAAAAAGUGCUCAUGAAAAGAAGUUUUUUUUCUUCAUAUUUGGGCUAAGAAUACCUCUGAUCUCUCCCUUUGUGAUUAAAUGUAACUUUUAUAAAUUGACAAAUAAUAGUUCUUGUGAUUAUAUGUUUAUUGCAAGUCAAUAAUAGUUUUUGUUAUUGUAUGUUUAUAUGUAACUUUUCAUGCUCUGUUUUUUGGGCUUGAGUUUGUGUUGGAGUUGUACCCUGUUUGUAGAUAUGAAAAUGACUUCCAUUGCUUACAUUGAAACUGUAUUUUCUUAGUAGAAAUGGAACAUGGUGGUAGUUCGCGUGGCACAUUCCGGAAAACUUUUACAAUUCCUAUUAAUCUGAGUGAGGAACACAUGGAUAUCCCUAGAUAUUUUUAUGAAAGUAAGAAGUCCUCUCUUAAGAAUGAAGUUCAGCUUAUUGAUCCAUGUGGGAACUGUGUGAAAAUUUGUGUUGUGGUUGGAUGUUUAGGAGGGGUUCUCUGGGAUGUUGUGCCUACCCUUGUCAGGUUCUAUGGUCUGAAAAAGAACCAUGACUUGGUAUUUGAUUAUGAAGGGGAGAAUAGAUUUAAAAUUGGUAUUUUUGAUGAAAAUAAGAAUGAGUUUCCAUAUCCACUUCCUGUUAAGGAGGAAUAUGAAGAACCGGGUCCAGAAAUUGUUGAAUUGAGUUCUGACUCUGAGGAUGAUGAAGAUGAUGUUGCUCGGGCAGAGGCAGAGGCAGAGGCAGAGGCUGGGUAUGUCCAGGUUAAUGGACGACAAUAUUAUAAAUUUGUUAAGGUUAUCAGUGGCUCUGUUGCAAAAAAGAAUCAAACCUUGCCCUUGCCGAGGUCAGUUGUUCGUGAGUACCUUAGUGAGCACAACUGGGGACGUUUUGUUGUCAUGAAGGAAGGUGAUGGCAAAAGGUAUUUAUGCUCGCUGUUGUGGAGGAAGAGAGACGGUCAAUUGACAGAUUGUCAUCUAGGAGAAGACUUUUAUCAGUUUGUCAGUGACUACCACCUAGUUAAAGGCGACAAGCUCCAUUUCAAGGCUAAUGAAAUGAACAACUUUCUUCAUGUCAGGAUUCAGCGCCGUAAUGGGAAUGGGAAUGGGAAUGGGAAUGGGAAUUAG